GACCAAUAACGAUGAAGAUAUCAACUUGCAUUUUAUUUGUUUCUGUAUAUCCCUUGUCUUUUCGUUGUCUCAAGUGUCAAAAGCAACAAAAGAGAGUUACCUCUUCGGUGCCUAUUUCAUACACGUUUGCUGUUUUCGAUUUUUUUCGUAAGAAGGAACAAGUUGCAGAAAAGAAUGGUAAAAGUACCGAUAAAGAUAACGACUUGUUGAAAUACAUAGCGGAAAAAUCAUCUUCUGAUUGGAAUCAAGUAGUGAAGCUUGGAAAGGGAUUAGAAAAGACCCGUGAGAACUGGUCCAAGCAGUUUCAACGUUUAUUUACUUCGGAAGAGGUUGAGCAAUUUCCGUGGAAAGAGUUGGAAGAAACACUCUAUUCUGCAGAUCUGGGAACGAAGACGACCAAGAGUAUAUUACAGGAACUUCGACGAGUUGUUCAAGAAAGGAAAUAUAAACAAGUUGAAGACUUGAAAGCUGCUUUAAAGGAAAUUCUGUAUCAGUUUAUUGCAUCGGGUACAGUGGACUGCUCCUUGAAGAUGGCAAAGGAACCUCCAACCGUUUUAUUAUUUGUUGGCUCCAACGGUAUGGGAAAGACAACUAGUAUUGGAAAACUAGGAUAUCAGUAUUCAUUGCAAGACAAGAAGACAUUGUUGGUUGCUUGUGAUACUUAUCGUCCAGCUGCAGUGGACCAACUUGAAACUUGGGCCAAUCGUGGUCAAGUGGAUAUUUUUAUACCCAAACCGAAACAAUAUAAACCUACAGCCGUUCUAUUUGAUGCUUUGGAGAAGUCUUUGAAUGAACAAUACGAUGUCGUAUUGAUAGAUACGAGUGGUAGAAUGCAUAAUAAUGAGCAACUUAUGAAGGAGUUGUCGAGUAUGUGUCGAAUAGUGGAGAAAAAGUUGGGUCGAGGACCAGAUGAAAUAUUGUUGGUAUUAGAUGGCGUUUUAGGUCGCAAUGCAUCCAAUCAAGUAAAAGCAUGGAAGAACCUUAUGCCUAUAACAGGAUUGAUAGUUACUAAAUUGGAUGGAACAGGCAGAGCAGGAUAUUUGGUUUCCAUCAUCAAUGAAGAAAAGUUGCCUGUUAAGUUGAUAGGCGUAGGUGAAGGUUUAGAAGAUUUGCGUAGUUUUGAUCCUCAGUUGUAUAUUCAACUCCUAUUCGAUUGAAAAAUUAUUUUGAUUUCUUAAAUAGCAAAGGAUUCAUUUCAUCUUGGAAAACAAUUUCCUCAAAAACAAAAAUUGAGUAU